AGGGAAGCAAGGCAGCAGAAAGGGAAAUAGGUCACACUGGGACGGCCAGAAAGCAAGUCGAGGAGGAGAAAAGUGUGUUUGCAGAUCAAUCAGAACGCAAAGAAAGAAGUUUUUCCCCAUCUUUCUUUCAUCUCUUUUUACUCAGCACUUACUUUCCAUCUUCUCCCUGGAUUCCUCUUCCUUGGAUCACUCUUUUCUUGCUUUAUAUUGCUCUCCAAGGACUGCUGACACACUGCCGCCAUGGAAACCGGCAGCCCCAGGAAGAUACAGUUCACUGUCCCGCUGCUGGACACCCACCUGGACCCUGAGGCGGCUGAACAGAUUAGAAGACGUAGACCUACACCUGCAACUCUCGUGGCAUCCAGUGAUCAGUCAUCCCCAGAAAUCGACGAGGACCGUCUGCCUAACCAGUUGUACAAGGCAGCUUUGUUGAACUCCCCUCGCCAGCGGCGGAAAGGACAAAAGGGAACGCCGACAAUGAAGGAGCUGCAGUUCCUGGUAGAGCAUCACUUGUACAGGCAGCAGCACGGAGGAAGCGACGAGUGCUCCUCCGAGAGUUGUCUGUCAGACCGGCCCAGCCCCGACACCUUUGCAGUUGGGGAGGAGCUUCCGUGUGACGACGAAGCCACGGCUGAAGCCUUUGAGAAGCUGCGCUGCCAAAUGGAAGAGUUCUCCAGGGAGAGUCUGUCGGACGUGGCUGGCAGCGGCGGAUUAGAGCUCCCCCUUCCUAAGGACGCUGCUCUCUCGGAUCCGUCAGCGCAACUAAACAACGCACAAGCAGGCACACAAGCAGCAACAUGCAUCACCAGGCAACCCGCCGAUGAGAAGACAAAGACAAUCGGCUCGGAGACAGAAAUAUGAAUAUGAAAAUUAUUAUUUUUUUGUGUGCAUCACAAUGCUGCUCCUUCUUCUCAGCCAGCGCGACAGAAGAUUGUGCGUGCACGUUCACUUUUUAGCCACAUCAGGAGACUCCUUGGGGCCUCUGUUACCAGCCGCAAAACAACAUUGUGUGCCCUCAAAAAAGCAAUUUACUUAGUUUAUUUUCUAUUCUUCUCAACAUAAACUGGGAAAUCCUGUGUUUGAAACCAAUUGUGAUGUGCUAGAAAGUCAAUGAGGAGUAACUUACGCAAUUUUAAUCAAGCGCCAUGUUAGUUUUAUUUGAUCUACUUACUUAUAUACCGUUACACAUUAUUACACAGCAUACGACUUGAUUUAGAACCCAAGGUCUGUGUGUGUGACAACCUUUUACAUGACUUGGAAAAAAAGCCUGGAAAUAAUGUGUGGUCAGUAAGGCAUUUCAUCUACA